AUGCCUAUGAAGGGCAGGUUCCCUAUUCGAAGGACGUUGCAGUAUCUGAGCCAGGGUGACAUCGUCUUUAAGAACUGCGUGAAGGUGAUGACGGUGAACUACAACAUGCACGGAGAGCUCAACGAGGGCGCCAGAAAAUUUGUGUUUUUCAACAUACCUCAGAUUCAGUACAAAAAUCCUUGGCUGCAGAUUGUGAUGUUUAAAGACAUGACUCCUUCACCAUUCUUAAGAUUCUACUUGGAUAAUGGAGAGCAAGUCCUGGUUGAUAUAGAAGAGAAGACCAAUAGAGAGAUAGCAGACCAUAUUAAGAAAAUUCUUGGUAAAAGCGAAGAAACAAUCCAGAUAGAAGAAGAGAAAAAGAGGAAAUGGCAUCCUGCAACAUUUGGUAACAAAAAAUACCACUUACGGGAAUGUAUGUGUGAAAUUGACGGCCAGAUUUCCUGUCCUGGUAAAGUGCCACUACCGAAAGAGAUGACCGGCAAAUAUAAAAAUGCCAUGAAAGACAGUUCCUAAGCCACUUUUGCACCAAGCUUCUCCACAAGGAAGUAAAGAUCGCAGAGAAAUAAGAAACUGAUUAGUGGCAUGAUGAAGAUAUAUUGUUGUAUGAGACUUACGCCAGGGAAAUAGAUGGUCUUAAUUCUUUCACUGCUAUACACUAAAUAGUAAAUGUUUUAUAAAUGCUUUUUUUAAAAAAAUUAAAGAGCAAGUAUUGGGUCAUAUUGAUCAUAAUGUCAGUUUUAAUUUUCUAUUAUUUGAAGGGCAAUUGUCUUGGGAAAACAGCUUGGAUCCUUAUAUAAAUGCAGUUCUAUAGGAACAGAGAAAACAGUUGUAAUAUGGAGCGCUGGUUCCUUUUCCAAAAGUUGCUUUAUAGACUAUCCAUUUUAUAAGCCUACAAAUGUUGAUCAUGAAUUAAGGGCUGAAAUAGUUGUAAUUCUACGUCUGUGAUUUGUGGCAUUUUUUGCUUCAGUGGUUACAAAUAGCAUUUCAAUCUGUUUCGUCUUUCUAUAAUGAUGCAAGUUCAAGCUAUCUACUUGAUUUAAAAUUAUUUAAUAUGAUAUAGAAGUAGUUAGCUGAAAGAUACUGAAGUGAGAGAGUGGUGACAGAGCCUUGGGAGAAGUCAUUGGCCUGUUCCACAACCAGCUUGGUCAGGGUCAACUUUUAAGAACUGCUAAGGGCCAGAUGAUUUUUACUAUGUCCUGAUACCUCUGACUGAGAUAUAUAGAACUCUACAUACUUUUUCACAUGACUUGUAAUCUAGGAAUUAAGUACCACCUUUCCCCCCCAUAGGAAAACAUGUGGGAAUAUGGCUAUGGUGAAAUUUAUUUCUGAUCAUUUUUUUUCCCUUUGGUUGAGAAAAGAAACACAAUUUACUGUUUGCCCCAUCGCCAUAUCUAUUUUUAAUUAUUUUCUGAAUUGUCUUAUUUUACAUUUUAAAAGUAUAACUGUUGCUCAAGUGAUUAAAUCAGGUAUUUGAAAACACUUAUUAGCAAGCAUCAGCUAUUUAGAUAGGAAAAGCUAUUUAUUACUUACCGUGUGUAUAUACUGAGGCUUUCAUGGAAAUCAAAACUGUACCAACUGCAUAAAAGGAAAUUGUAUCUAAUGCCCUAAACAACCCAGGAUUUUACUUACACUGAAGCCAAGAGUUGAGAAUAAAGUAAAAUUUUGACUUU